AUGUUUCCGCUAGCAAGAUUAUUAGCGCCUCGAAUGGGCUCAAGGUCAAUUUAUAAACUGAGUAAUAUUGCAAUUAUCAAUUCAAAAACAUUCAGUGCUUCUCCUGUCCAAAAGCUUAAUGGGAAGCCCAUUAGUCACAGAUCAUUUACAGCUAUGCGAUCUAUACUAAAUACUGCAUCAUCCACAGCUUCAUCUUCGUCUUCAGCCAAGUCGAAAGCCAACACUAUCCCUCUAACUACUCGUAUAUCGAGUGCGUUUUCAUUUAUUUUUGCAUCAGGACUGGUGAUUGGCGGUAUCGGCUUAACAGGAAUUGUAAUUUAUUAUUUUGUAAAUGAUAUUUUACUGCCUACUAGCGACGUUCAAAUCUUUAACAAGGCAUUUUCGAUAAUAGAAAAGGACCCUCAGUGUCAGAAAUUAUUAGGCGGAUCGAAGAUUAAAGCAUAUGGCGAAGAAACGUCAAGCAAGUGGGGUAACCGAAAUAGACCAAUUGCCAGUCGAAGAGGGAUGGAUGGCCGUGGUCUAGAGCAUGUGUUAAUGCAUUUCCAUGUUAAGGGAGAUAUUGCCGAAGGCGUGGCCCGUUUAGAAAUGAUUGAAAGUGGUGAAAAGUCAUCACUGGGUAUUGGUAAAUUUGACUUCAGAUACUUAGUGGUCGAGGUGCCAGGUAGUCCGCGUGUUUAUUUGAUUGAUAACUCGAACAAACCCAAGGCAAAGGAUCCCAAUGCUGGAUUUUUAGGUGUUAGAUGGGGUCCUAAGAAAGAUGUAUAG